UAUCGAUAGAGCAGCAGUGACUGUAAAACGAAUUUAAUCCGACGUUUGUAACAACGCCAAUUAAUAAAUAUAUAAAGAUUUAAAUAACUAAUUGGUAGUCACAAAUUAGAACAGUUCAAGUGGGUGCUAAAUUUUUAAUUUGAAAGUGAUUACUUCGCCACUCUUGUAGACAGCAGACGAACACGAAUGUGAACUCGCGUCGCAGCGACGAAGAAGAGGAGAAAAAAAUUAGAGUAGCAAUUGUUGGGAGCUGGCAAAUUAAUUUCGGGCUGUGAAAAAUAAAAAAAACGCAAAAGCGAAUCGUGAAAAGUUGCACUUAUAAAAAGAAUGAGCACAACGCCGGCCAGUCUCAUUGAGGCGGCUAUAACUGUGGGCAGCGUCGCUGCUGCUGCUGCUGGUGCCACGGUAAGUGGCAACAACGAAACUGCUACGUCAACAACGCUGAAACCGAAUACGAAUUACGUAGUACAAAUGAAAAAUCCAGGCAUUGCCCAGGAACCAUUGGAUCCGCUGCUACAUGUGGGCGAUGGAAUAUUUCUACAAACUAAAACCGCCCAGGUGCUAGCAGGUGUAUUUGUCUGGGCGGCACUGUUUGUCACAUGUCAACAGAUCUAUCAGCAUUUACGCUGGUAUACCAAUCCACAGGAGCAACGUUGGAUAGUUCGCAUAUUGUUUAUUGUACCCAUUUAUGCCACCUACUCAUGGAUUAGUUUGCUAUUCUUCAACUCGGACAACGUUUACAUCUACUUCUUUACGGUGCGCGAUUGCUACGAAGCCUUUGUCAUCUACAACUUUCUGUCGCUGUGCUAUGAAUACUUGGGUGGAGAGGGCAACAUAAUGUCGGAGAUACGCGGCAAGCCCAUAAAAACCUCAUGCUUGUAUGGCACAUGCUGUCUCAAGGGCAAGACCUACACUAUUGGAUUUCUGCGCUUCUGCAAACAGGCAACAUUACAGUUCUGUUUGGUUAAGCCCCUGGUGGCCUUUAUCAUCAUCUUUCUGCAGGCUUUCGGACACUAUCAUGAUGGCGAUUGGAGCGCCGAUGGCGGUUAUAUUUAUAUAACCAUAAUUUACAACAUUUCCGUAUCGUUGGCUUUGUACGGUCUCUAUCUAUUUUAUUUUGCCACACGCGAUCUGCUGACACCCUUCGAGCCUGUACUGAAAUUCUGCACCAUCAAAUCGGUCAUAUUCUUGUCAUUCUGGCAGGGCGUCGGCCUGGCCAUUCUUGAGAAGGCUCAGGUCAUUUCACCCAUUGUGGACAGUGCUGGCACUGUUACCUCGGCGGGUACCGUUUCCGCUGGCUAUCAGAACUUUUUCAUAUGCAUUGAAAUGCUUUUUGCUGCCAUUGCACUGCGUUAUGCGUUCCCCUAUCAGGUAUAUGCGCGCAGCUGCAUUGGCGAUGGCCAUGGACGCUCUGUGACUAUGCAGUCUAUUUCCAGCAGUCUUAAGGAAACCAUGAAUCCCAAGGAUAUUAUGACAGAUGCUAUACACAAUUUCCAUCCGCAGUACCAACAAUACACACAAUAUAGUUCAGAAGUAACCUCAACUCAGCGUUACGAAAAACUCUAAAAUACAAAACAAAACUCUGGCGAUGCCGCGAUUAAAAUCCUAAAUACUAUUCCAAAAAUAAACAAAAAAGAUUAAAAUAUCACAUACAAAAAGCAGUUAAAAGACAAAUCAAGUGUACUUAUAGCGUACAGAACGACACCACAGUUGCCUUUUGUUACAAAAAAAAGAAACAAUGAUAAAUAAUUAAAUACGUAUUAGGCCUAGUUAAUCGUACUUACAGAAAGCGCGCACUCAAAACCCAAAAUUGAAAUUGCCUAGUUACCUUAAAACUUUAUGUAUGUAAUUUAACUCUUAAAUACGACAUGCAUUAAAUGUUCUUUCCCCUUUUUA